UGACGGAUUUCAGUCUUUGUUGUCCACUUAAAAAAUACAUUAAAUUUACACGGCUUAUCAGUAAAGAUGAGACAGUCUUGUCUGAAUUGGAACAUAUUAUCAAAGCAAAAUUGUAAGUCUGCUAUUCAUUUGGAAUGUUUCUUGGAAACAUACAGUGAGACGGAACGUAUUAUCAUGAGCCAAGUUAGAGGAAACGCCAAACACUAAGCCAUGAAUAUCAGUCAAUGUAAAGAACAAAUGGCAAAAACGUGAAUGGCUGGUUACCCUUUUUUAUAAUUUUCUAUAUAAACAGGAUAAAGACUUGACAAAUAGAGCAAGGCUAGCAUCCAAAAAUGGCUUCAAACCUGCAAUUUUGCAUUUCAAAAUGUUCUCUAGGGGCUGCAGGUUAAAACUGUUAUAUCAAGCUAGAACAUGGUCGAUAUACUUACACAACUAAUGACAUCUAAUAUAAGUAUAAAACCGUCUUGCCGUGUAGUGAAUACUGCAGUGAACAAAUCAAUGACAUCACGUUUGGUGGGUCCAUAGACUGUUUAAAAGAUCAAAAUGUUUGCUACGCUAAAAUUAAAUACACGAGCACGUUUACAGGAAGGUACCACAUACCCAAAUUGAGCAUCACACCUCGGACUAGAAAGAACAUUAUAUCUCGGACUAGAAAGAAAUAGUGAAUCAAAACUGGCUAAAUGUUUAAAAAAGAGCCAGUUUUCACCAAGAGGGGCAUUUGAAUGUGCUAAAAUAAUUACACAGGGCGUACAAGAGCGUGCAUUAGCGUACAAGAGCGUAUGGAAACGUACAGAGGCGAACAGGAAAUUAAGCGGGCGGGCGGGGUAAUAAUAGGCGGACAGGGCGGUUUUUUCCUUUCCCUCGUGAAAUUAAGCAAUUUUUUUUUACUUUGUAAUUUUUUAGCCCGUCUCCAUCAGAUUUCUAGCAGAACACUGAAAUCGUCUGCAAAUCUGUAAAACACUCGAUUCGGUUUGUGUCACAAAUGUUUGCAUUAGUUUUAUGCAUUUAUGGUUCUUAAGACAUUCGAUUACAGCAUCAUAAGUUACAAGCAUUUGCAUUUCAGCGGCACCAGUCGUCUUAAAAUGAAUAACGCUGCCAGGUGAUAAAUCUUUGGCUUACUCAAAAAGCAAUAUCUAGAUUGUUGGUCUUAUUCGAUGUGGAUUCUAUGAUGUUUGAAGCUAAUUUGCAACAGCUAUUUUGCAUUGACUCAUUGUGUACCAGAGUACGUCAUCACAUGUAACAUCAUAACUGGGAAGGUUGUGGUUGUGCAAUAAAGCAUUUUGAGUAUUUCAAUGAAUAGAAAUACAGUUAACUGAGAGCAAAAAACGAUUCGUUUGUUGGAAAAUCUCUUAAAGUAGGAUUUAGAGCUGAAUAGAUCAGCAAUAAUCCCGUCUAAGGCCAUCAAAAAGAAAUCAAUAUUUUAAAUGGAGGACUGCGAGUAUAACAAUUGUGUUCUGAACCUUUCAGAAUAAUCAAGCAAAGCCUGUAUACUUUUCAGAAUCAUCCAAGUCGUGUGCUAUCGUUUGCUUUGUUAAAGAAGAGUGAGCCAUCCUCCAAGUCUCUCCCAUCCCCCCGCCCCCUUUCAACCACCCCACUGCGAAAAUAACCCCAAAGAGCCUUACAAGUUAACUUGCCAUUGAUUAUGUGGUAUUGCUAUGAGAAGUCAAAACAACCAAACUAAACGGAAAGUCAUGAGACAAAUUUGAAAUCAGAGGAAGGGAAUCAUCAACUGUUAGUUCACAUGUCUUUGUUUCACAAUCUAAAUCCUGUCUGAUUACUUUUUCUGUACAAAGCAACACCGUUCCUUAUUUUGUGAACCAGUCUCAAAAGUAUACGAAAGACUUAUUGAAUCUCAGAUGGAAUCAACGAAAGCAGCAAGGAAAAACUACUUGGUGUAACUAUAUACAAAAAUCUCUCAUUUAAGCCACACAUAAAAACACUGUAAAAAGGCUAGUCAAAAACUAAACGCCCUUUCCCGCAUUUCAUGCUACUUAAGCACAGAACAACUCAAACAAACAAUGAGGGCUUUUAUUUCUAUCCCAAUUUAGCUAUUGCCCAUUUGUAUGGAUGUUCUGUGACAAAAGCCUAAAUAAUAAGAUAAACCAUAUACAUGAAAAGGCACUGCGUGUCGCAUGCAAAAACAAGGUAUCAGAUUUGAUACUCUCCUGAUUGAAAACAACUGUGUCUCCAUAGACAUAAGAAACCUUCAACUACUAAUGGUUGAGAUCUACAAAAUCGUACAUAAACUCAAUCCAAGCUUUAUGAAUGGAAUAUUCAUACAAAGGAGUAGCCACUACCACCUUAGAAACAGUAAAUUAAUGAAAAUCCCAAAAAUUCGAACCAUCAGUCAUGGAAUCGAAAGCUUGUCUCAUUUAGGAUGUAAGCUUUGCAACAAUCUACCAGAAGACUUGAAAAACCUAAAUACUCUCAAUACCUUUAAAGUAAAGAUCAAACAAUGGAAGGAUAAUUGCAACUGCAGGCUAUGUAGAACCUUUCUAGCACAGGUCGGGUUCUUCACAUGCAUUACCUAACAUGAUUAUUUUCAACUAUUUUGCUAAUUAAAUCCUAUUUAUUUUGAUUUGUUUCUUAGAAUAGCUUUCAUAUCACUGUAUAAUAUUAUAAUUUUUAUUACUAUAAAUAGUAGGCAUUAAGUAGCGUUUCUUUUAGCUACUACUGUAAAGAACGCCUAUUGUAAAUAAAUGAACUAUUAUUAUUAUUAUUAUUUGUGAAAAGAUUUCUCAUUAUUAUUAAAUCUGUUGAAAUAUUUUUGUUUUAUUAUAAAAAGAUGGUGGGAAAAUAUGUUGAUAGGACAGCAAAACGCUGCCUGUCGCCAAAAUUACUGUUUACCGGUCUGUCAUAAAGUGCUCGUUGUUCUGGAAAUUUCAUUACUUAUUGUUUCUUAGGAGUUUCUUAAUUAUCAUGUCAUGAACGGCGUUAUGAAUUGUUCGUGACCUUUUUAAUAACGGCAAGAGAUUCGCGUCCGUUGCGAUGCUGAAUUUAGAUGUGGGAAGCAUAUAAUUAUCCCUUGUGUCUUAAAUUCCAGACGAACAGGGCAAUCAUGUUCUUAGAUUUUACAUAAUUUCGUUGUUCUCAGUUUUAUCACGAUUUAAUAGCUUCUUAAUUUCGUUGCUUUGAGUACUGAAGUUUCUUCAGUUUUUCUUAUCAAAAAAAUAAGUGUAGCCGUGAAAGCGUUUGGUGUAUAGAACAGGGCGGUUCUAAGUUGCUUUUUUGAGAAACACGUUUUUUGAGAAACAAUUAUAAGAAGCUGUUUUUUUAAGAAAUUAGUACUAAGAUGGCCAAAGAUUUAAGAAACCUUAGUACUAGGCUCGAAAAAAGCUCGAAAAAAGUUUCCUCUUGACGAUCAGUCUUUAUAUUUUUCCAUUAAAUUAGCCGCAAAUACUAAAAAAAUGAUUCUUCAUUUCUAAUGAUGCUGACAUUUUUUACUUGCUCGUUUGACAUUUCUUGCAGAUAAGUGAACUUUGGUCACAUUAAAACACUUUUGACAAUACUGGCAGUUUCGAAUGCAUAUUCAUCUACUAACAGUGAUAAUAGUCUGAUAGCGAAAAGGCUAGCCGAUAAUUUUGAUUGAAUACAGGUAUCUCGUAUCUUGAAUACAAUUAUUUCCUUUGCUAUUUUGAAAAAUCUUCUACAUCUAAAAUGUACUACCUACUGAAGUUUCCAGCCUCGCAAGAUUUGCAAUUUCUUGGACAUCUGCAGAGAAUUGUUGUUUUCGAACUGGCCAAGAAUACACAGUCAUACAAAAAAAUCAGAUUAACUUACACACCCCUAAAGCUUUAUCGCUAUGUUUGACUAAUUACUUAGCGAUUGAAAAAAGUCAGGGGGUCUACAUCUGCUUCAGACUUUAAACUCUGCUGCAAACGACAAAGCUCGGUCGAGAGUCGUUUUCUUUAACGGCUUUUAUCAAAUCUUUUAAUUAAGAGAAGUUUUAGAAUUAUUUGGUACAUCGCAUCCUUUGAAACAAACAAGGCAGCGUAUAAGUUAGACAGUUGACCAUUGAGCACCUUUUUAAAUUAUUAAUUCAUAAAACAAAAGUGUAUCAAUAAAGGCGGCGCUAAUGAAGGAUGGUAGUGAUUUCAACAUGCACAGAAAAGCAGGCAGGUUUUCAAAAGGCCUGCAGUCAGACGCAAGAUACGAACUGCUUGCAUACGUUCGUCGAUUUUGCAGCAAGUAAGCAAUGCUCGUAAGUAACAUUAUUUAUAAAUAUGCUCAGCUAUUGAGCAAUAAAGACCAAAUCUCAGAGUUUCAUACAUGUUAAACGUAGUUAUAAUUUCUGUACGAGUAAGUUAAAAAGCGCAAUCGGGGUUGUAUUGUAUUUAAAUGGUCAAUAAUAACUGUCUUGCUAAGUUGAGUGAAGUGAUGAUAAUGCCAAAAAUCUAUUUGAAGAAUAAAUCCAGCUUUUAUGAUAUAAUUUGAAAACAUAUACUUUAUAUCUUAUAGAGACAAACAUUAAAGUUAUCUUAGAACAUUUUCCCUUUUAAUUCAUGCUGCAGAUAAAACAAAAGAAGAGAGCAGAGCGAUUGACAAUAUUCAAGAAUUUUCGAAACUUUAUCUUUUCCGGCCACUCAGUGUACCGCGCUCAGUAUAUCGUGAGACUAAGAGUGCGGUCCAACUUGUGUCAAAACUACAUUGAUGACUCCGUAGCGAUAUACAUUGAUGAUUCUAUAAGCACGUAUAUUUAAAUUUGUCAGCAAUAAAAACACCUUCUGACUCCUAAGAAACAUUCUCAGUUUCUGUUAGCUUAUCUUUUUUAUCUCUUAUUUAACAAAUAGAAGUCAACGACUUAUGUGAAGCAAUCCUGCGCGAAUUUCGUAAAUACACCUAAGCUGAAUUUUCGUCCACUAUCCUGCUUCAAUAAAUUCUCUGACGAUACUUCAAAAAAAUCUUACAGCUUACGUAGUAAAUCAUUUGUGCUAUUAUGCAUAGCAGCUUGCUUGAUAACGCUCUGUCUAUAAUACGAAUCUCAAUGUCGAGACAAACUUAUAAAAGGAAAUAUGAUAUAAUCCAGGUAACUUAGGAGUAACUAAAAAUAAAUAUCUUUCUAUUAAAAAAGCUCAAGGAAAUAUCUGCAGAGCUUCUGAAACUUGAGGUUUUUAAUUCUGUAUUCGCUCGAAUUGAACCUGACGCUAACCACAUAUUAAAAUCGCUUUUCGAUACCAAGUAAACGCUUCGUAAUCCCAGCAGCUCUUACUUGGGAUUCAAAGAAGUUCAUCUGCAAACGAGCUCUGUUUUCCAUUAAAAAAUACAGUAAUUGCCAACGACUGAUUCGUUUCAAGACAGACAUGGAGAUGCAUUCAAAUAUAUGAAUCAUUUUAAAUCCCUGAGACACCUCAAUAACAGAGUUAUCCGUUGUUUCUGCCAAUAUAACGACUUACGUUUUUAUACCAAUUGCAUUGUAGACCAUAGUUCAUAAUGACAUAGCUCAGUAUGACCUGGCUCCCAAGCAAAAGCUAUUUUAGUUAUUUGUGCUUCAGUCUUGCUGGUAACUUGCCUGUCUUACGUAAGUAUAGUUGGUCUCGGAAAACAUGUUGACCGAAUGUUUAAUUACAUCGUGCGAGAUAUUUGCUGAGCAGCAGUUGUUAAAUAUUUGAUCAUGCCAAUAUGUAGUUUAAACAUUUGUACAGGUAGGAAAAAGGAACCGUACUACGACGCAUGUAAGCAAAGCGAUUUUAUUUUUCACGCGGACCAACAACACAGCAGAUAGAAUCAGUGUUAUCAAUAUGCUGUCGGAGAGCAGGGGGGUGAGUCUAAGGGAAUAACAGGUCCCUAGGCUUAGGGUAGUGGCGUCGCCACAGGGUGGACUGGAGUGGAUCUGGGCUGAUCAGAUCGAUUUCGAUUUUCGCACUGGCAAAAAACCAUCGUUACGGAAAAUGCUGCUUGAGAAAGUUGCUUGUCCAAAAAUUUCAAAAUAGAUAAAGAAUACCAAAAAAGAACUGUCCGAAGUCUGAAAGGCGUGGCCGAUAAAAUUUGUUUUUGUCCACCCCAGUUUUUUUUUGAGCUGAUGACGCCACUGGCUUAGGGGGAGGGAAAAGGGGAAUCCCCAGACAUACAAGAAAAAUUCUUACUUGUUCAAGGGUAGAUGCAUGUCAAAUUUUCAACAGCAGACUUUUAAUGCUAUAGUUGUACGUGAAUUUUUCUAACAUUGUUGAGUGCUGGGCAGCCUUUGUAGAUUGCGAUAUACUAUCAAUAAUUGGUGAUAUGCUGGCAAAAGAGUGCAGGGAUUUUAUGAAAGAAUUUCCAACCGCCCUUAUACAUUUGUCAAUAGAAACUGGCUGAAGACUGUUUCUAAAUAUGACAGGCAAAGAGCUAUUUGUUCCAGCAGAAAGUACAAUAGCUGGAAAGCUACAAUCCUUGUCAAAAAUAGUUGGAACACCUCAAAAUUCACGUUCAAAAGUUGACAACUGAAGGAUUUAAUUACCUUCCCAAGAUAUGAACACUGCUGCUACCCCUUACAAUGAUGUUUCUUCAUUAAAAGUGUUUACAUAUCAAAUUUUGGUUAGAUAUCCACUGACAACCAUGCCACAUUGGUAUUAAUCAACAUUAUAAUGGGGAAGGGGAAAAUAUUGCAAAUCGUAAAGAUUUUUUGUUGCAAAUCGUGAAGAUUUUAUGUAGAUGCUCCAACAAUUUUGGCAAGGAUUGUGUCUUUUAGCUACCACAAACACACGAAUAAUGUCAAAUUAAUUGUAACUUAAAGAUAAUGAUGCAUUCUGGGUGCCAUGGUGAUAGACUAACCGCAAAAGAAUGAAUUGAUUGAAUUUCAUUCAUGCAGAAGUACAGAAAUACAAAUGCCAAACAGCAUGACCUGAAUUCUCUUUGUAAACACAACAAAUAACUUUUUUUCACAGUUAGGAAAGUAAACCGACAAUUCUAAUAUUACAAACUUAAUACAUCUUCAAAAUCCAACUGCUGAAAAAGAUUUGCGUUUACUUUGUUUAUAAUUACAAUUUCAUUUUAAUUUUCACAAAUCACCAAUUGGCCUUCGGAUAUGGAAAUUUCUUAUGAUCAAAAGAGGGUCUAUAUGGCAAGGACAGUGGAAUCCCAACAUUACGAAUCCCGCCUUUACGAGCUUUGCAUUUUACGAACUCCGCUUAUUACAAAACAAGCUAAAAGGCUGGCCUUUUAACUGCACCGUAUAUAAUGAACUCUCGCUAUUACGAACUUUUUUGGUCCAUACAGAGUUCGUAACAGGUGGACUUCAUAUCGAAAACCUUUAUGUCGAAAAACUGGUCAUCACGAAAGAAGCUUUUGUCGAAAAUAGAUUAUGUCGAAAAUCACUCGUGUCGAAUCGCUUUUGUCCAAAAUCGCUUAUUUCGAAAUAAAACGUUGAUUCAAAAUAUUUUUUAUACUAAUGAAAUAUUUGUCCUUUGUGAAAGCCCAAUAUCAUCUUAGACGAAAUAUUCCGGCUAUUUCGGCCUAAGGCAGGAACAUUUGGCUAACAAAUCUUUAUCAGAGUAUCGUAUGUUGGAUGAAAAAUAUAGGAAUCUGAUUGGCCAAGGCAAGCCAGUCAAGUGAUUUCAACCCUGGAUACAUUGAUCACAUUUUUAUACAAACGUGUAAUCUGACUGCAGCAAAUAGCGUAUUGAUUUGUGCAAAUUGUCGUUACAAUACGCCACUUAGUAGGGUAGGCUUGAGCAAACGGUGAGCAUAAUGCAUUCGCUCAAACUGUUAUAAACGAAAGUUAGUAACAAGCUUGUGUAUUUUCAAAGUUUAUUGCCAUUCCUCUUAGCUGCAAUUCCGUGACCAAGAUAAAAAAUAUUGCAAUGGCAGGAGUCCCGUCUGCGUAAUCCACUUUUUCAAGUCAAAUCUGUUUAUGCGAUAGAUGGCCAUUCAUUACGACAAAUUGCAAUGCCAUUCAAGACGGGGGUGUUUCCAGAGGCUAUUUUUAUCGCCAUCGUCUAGAUUUAUCUUAGCUAGGCUUCUUUUCCUCAUAAAACUGAUUUCUGGGGUGCAGUCCUCUUCACAAAAACACGUAAAAGAACUUUCUCAGUAGAUGUCUUCUCGUCAGCGUGUUUCUAACAUCAUUGUGAAUCACAUUUCAUUACAACUUCAUCUUCUCAGUACCAAUUUUUUAUGAAAAUUCUAAAAAAACCUUUUAAUAAAGCUUUAAACCCCUGAUUUUAGCUCUUUGUGCAUCGACCUAAUCUUCGUGUAGUCCUUCAGCUAUCAAAGAAAACGAACAUUUAGAGAAUAGUGGUAAAGGCAAGCAAUCAGUAAAACUCCUCUGAUACAACAAUAUUUUGCAGCUGCAUAUUUCGGCAAGAUUCGAGCACCAACUGAUUGUCACGUAAGAUAAGUAGAAAAAAGCUAACAUUUACGACGGGUAAAACGCAAAAAAUAACUCAUAACAGAUGAAAAAAUGGUAUGACUUUGGAAUUGAAUGUUGUCAACAGGAUGUCACAAUGAAGAGUCAUGUUCGCAUCCGGCACCAAUAUUGGAACGCCACAGAAAUUGAGAAAGCAAGCCAAUUGCCCGGGCUUUUAUAUCAACUUAUGCAUUGAACAAUUACCGUCAAACGCAUAUAUCCUACAUAUCUAGCAACGGUUUUGCAUUAAAAGAAGUAAACAAGUCGAUAUCCCAAAGAUUCUAUUGAAUGGGAUUUUCUCAUGGACGCAUCCUUAGAAAGUUUAUUGACAGUAUUUCCAUCAAUAAUGCAACAGGCAAAUAAAAUAAAUGAUACAUCAUUACUCCAAUAGACAGCCUUUCUUUAAAAUCCUUGUUUUUCUCAGCAAGGAGCCUUCAAGAAUUUCAAUAUAUAUUACUGUUUUUUCAAAGACGACACGUAAACAGCUCGUUAUUGAAAUGUGAUUUUUUGAUAAAAACAGAUAAACAGUUGUCAUAUUCAUUACAGCUGUAAACAAGAGUCAUUAAGUUUCUUUUUUUGUUAAAACUCCAAAGGAAAUUAUAACAAAACGAGUUGUUUCUUUCAAUCACAUUGAAAAGAAAGGAUAGAUUAUGCUUUUUUGAAAAAGUGCUUAAAUCUUUUCAUUAAAGUAAAACAUUUCAUUACACAUAAUUGACUGAUAAAUUGUCAAUUAUCAAUUAUCAGUCAAAACAAUUGCCAAUUUAAAUAAAAUGUAAAGGGUUUAUGGUACCUUGAAGAAGAAACACAUAAUGAAAAUGUGUGUCAAAGAAACAUUUAAUGGUGUUGCAAAAAACACACUUAAGGGUGACUCAAAAGUUGAACACUUCGUGAUGCUUAAAAGAAGAAGCACUCGAUGGUGAUUCAAAAGAAAACAUUUGACAUAAGAAGAGAAACAUUUGAUUGCGCUUUAAACGAGAAAUACUUUAGGGUAGUUCAAAAGCGAAACAUUUGAUGGUGCUUGAAAGGUGAAGCAUAUGAGAGUGGUUCAAAAUAGAAACAGUUGAUUGUGCUUGAAUAGAGAAACACUUUAGAGUGGUUCAAAUGCAAAACAUUUGAUGAUGCUUCAAAGGAGGAACACUUGAGACUGGUUCAGCAGAGAAACACUUGUUGGUGCUUGUAUAAAGAAACAACUUGGAAUAGUUAAAAGAGAAACAUAUGACAGUGUUUGAAAGGGGAAACAUUUGAUGAUGCUUUAAAUAGGAAACACUAGGUGGUUCUUCAAAAGAGAAACAAGUGGUUUAAAAGAGAAACAGCUGGUUCUGUUUAAAAGAAAACACACUUGUUUGUGUUUGCAUUGAAGGCGUAGCUCUUUGAUGGUUCAAUUUUGAAUGAUGGAGAUUGAAUGAUGGUCUAAGAAAGUCAUAUUUGUUGGCAAGCACUCUAAGUGUGGAUCACCAAGACUUCACAAUAGAACUGUAAAUGCUGCUCACGUGAAGCCUGUUCAAGCAAAGCAUCUGCGUCCAAGCGGGUUAAUUUGAUAAAUAGAAUUCAGGCAUAUGAUCAAGUCAUCAACAUAAAUGACAUUGACUUUUGUUGUUUUGUGACAAAAAAGAAGGUUUUUCACUGAUUUUGGUCUUUCACUCCUUAUAAUUGUUAAUAUACAAUAGGUCCUUACGUCAAGAUGAGAAUCAAGUUUCCAAAGCACUGAGAGCAAUAUCCUGUAUCCCUAUGGAUAGAAACGCGGUUGACAAAUAGAAGUUCUCUAUGCCCUUUCAAAUGACCACGGAACUCGACCCAUGGUUUUCAUGCGCAAACCAAUCAGCCUCGGGCUGGCUAACAAUGGUCAAUGGACUUGACGAGAAGAAAGAGGAAGAAGACCCUGAAAAAAUCAUCUUUAAUAUCUCUGGGCGAAAAUUCGAAACAUGGCGAUCGACACUUGAUCGUUACCCUUCGACGUUACUCGGAAGCGAUGAAAAAAACUAUUUUUUCGAUCAAGAGACAAGAGAGUUCUUUUUCGAUAGGGAUCCCGAGCUGUUUCGUUACAUUCUAAACUACUAUCGCAGCGGCAAGUUGCACUAUCCGAGAGGCGAAUGUGCAUCGUCCUUUGACGAUGAGUUGUCGUUUUUCGGCAUUAAAGAAGAAACGGUUUACGAAUGUUGUAAGGAUGAAUUUUCGGACAAGAAAAAAGAAUGUUUAACGAGAAUUGAUGAGGCAGAGCAAGCUCUUUUGGAAGAAGAAGUUGAGGUAGAUGUAUCGAAAAUGAGCAAUAGAGAGAAGCUGUUCAUGUGGUUUGAACACCCAGACAGUGCACUAAUUGCAUCCCUAUUUUACUACAUAACUGGGUUUUUCAUAGCUGUAAGCGUGACGAGCACGGUAAUUGAAACAAUAAAAUGCAAGGGCGGUCGGACAUGCGGUGAGGCGUUCAAAGAUGUUUUCCUCGGGAUAGAAUCCGUGUGCGUAAUUGUCUUUACGGUAGAAUACACAGCAAGACUUUACGCGGCACCGAACCGUUGUCGCUUUGUACGCGGCGUUUUGAGUAUCAUCGACGUGGUAGCAAUAUUGCCAUUUUACGUCGGGUUGUUCGUACCCAAGACGACGAUAAGCGGAGCAUUCGUUACUCUGCGAGUUUUCCGCGUGUUCCGUGUCUUCAAGUUCAGCAGGCACUCAAAAGGGCUACGCAUUCUUGGGUAUACUCUAAAAAGUUGCGUCUCAGAGCUUGGAUUUCUGUUGUUUUCGUUAUCAAUGGCUAUCAUUAUAUUUGCAACUGUUAUUUACUAUGUGGAAAAGGACAAAAACAAGAAUUUCAGCAGCAUCCCUGCCAGUUUCUGGUACACAAUUGUCACCAUGACAACUCUUGGCUAUGGCGACAUGGUUCCCGAGACAGUAACUGGAAAGAUCGUUGGCAGCAUUUGCUCCCUAAGUGGUGUGCUGGUAAUCGCCUUGCCAGUUCCGGUGAUCGUUUCGAAUUUCAGUAGGAUUUACCUGAAGCACCAAAGAGACGAAAAGAGGAAAGCGAAUCAGGAAUCAAAGACCCUGAAAAAAGUGAAGACGAAAGAAAACAUUCUCGAAAAGGAGAAAUACCAAAAGGCAACGAAGGGAGGCUUAGAACUCCGAAAAGCAUUGCUAAGCAGAAAUAUGGCUUCUUCUGACUUCAGAUUUUCACACAGCCAAACACUGUCAAAUGCACAGGAGUUGAAAAGAAUCGAUAUGGACUCGAUUCAGAUAAACGCCUCUCCUACACCAAGCUAUGCAAGCAUGUUUGUAUCUUCGACUCCACAAUCAAUACGAGGAAGUCCUGUACUGAGAUCGAGGUCAAACUCCUUGCCAAAUACGUAUCUAAAUAGCAUCCAAGCAAACAUCCCUUUUAGUAAAAAGAGGAGCCAAAAUCGAUCGAACCAUGCGAACAAAUCAAAUAAAAGGGAAGGAAAACUGGUGCGAAAGAAAAACAGUCUCAUACGCAAACACAAACAAAACAACAGUUUUGAAGGCUCAAAUGCAUCAAACCAUAUAUCACACGACAAUUUGUCUUUGCGAGGAGCAUCCGGGACUUUCACGCCUAAGACUACUCCGAGGCAGCAUUUGAAUAUGGGCCACAGCGCCAAUGAGCUGGAUCGACAAAAAUUAAGAACAGUACAGGACAGGUAUGGUUGUUUUGUACCACGUGGUUCAGACUGCACUGAUUAUAGAGAUAUCAGAGCCAGUCGCACCUCGCAUCUGUAGUUGAAGCAUCGGCAACAAAUGGAUAGUUGAAUUAUGCUUGAAACAAAGGAUGCACGUUGUUUGUGACGAAGUGGUUAACUACUGGAUGAACCAAAGAAGGCUUUUUUAGCCGUCAUCUAGGAAAGCCAAAAACCGUAUUUCUGAAUUAUGUGGUCGAGAAAAACUCGUAACCACUGCAUGAAAAUUAAAAAACUAUUAAUGCUUUGUUAUGUUUGUUUUUUAAAUAUCCAUAAACAAAUUAUUCCAAGAAGUUAAAAUACUAGAGGGUUGGUUCUUGGAAUUUUCAUUCUUGGUGAAGAAACUCUGCAAGGAAAUCUUCACCAAAAAACUGUGCCAGACUUGCAGUACAUUAAUGAAAACAGUAGAUCCAGGCCAAAUGCAUUUAUAGCACCUUAUCAUAAAAAGAAGGCCCAGGUUAGAUGUGGAAUGAAACGUAAAGAGUAAUGAAGCCAUAAAAACUUAGGGUUACUUCGUGUUUUGUAGAAAAUGCACCCGAGAUCACACGACGAUGGCUAUUUACUAGGAACUCUCCAAUUUCAAUACUGUCAAAGUUAAAAAAAGGAAGUUGCACUGUAUUAUCACCAAACACUCUUGACAAAUUAUAAGCACUUUAUUCUCCCAUACUCCACCCCCUUAAGGCUCGUACCUCAGUCAACUUUAUACACGCAUGCCGUGAUGAAUUUCCGUCCUCUCGUGGGCUAUUCUACCGUUCAUGCAGACAACAACAUGGUUUGUUUCUUAAUGCAAAUAAAGGUUGUUAUAACAGGAUACAUUUUUCAAGAAUGUAAAAAAGGCAUGUGCUAAUCAGUAAACUAUGUUUACACGUUCACACCUUAGCUGCUAUUUACAAAUACUCCGAUCUCCAACCAAAAUAAGAAAGCUAGGCAGUAAUGUGGUGCGCGCAAAAAGCUCCGAAUGCUCGACUUGAAAAUUAGGAAUGUUAAACAACCUGCGCAGGUAGAGAGGACUUGGAGUAAUGACAGCAGAAAUAAUGAGAAGCAACCUUUCGAAGUUUCAUGAAUUUAAAUGACAAGAAACCAUGUCAGAUUGAAUGAACCUGAGAUCCAAUACUGGUAGGAAGAGCAAAAAGCCUCCAAUCCUUCAAACAGUUUCUAUUUAAGGCUACAAUAUAUUCUAACUGACUCGAUUCAUACAUUUUGCAUCACGAAAAGAAAAUCCGCCCAGCCCCCAAUAUCCAAAACUUGCAUCCCUUCAAUAUACAUUCAAAAGAUAUUGUUGAGGAAGCACAGAAUUAGAUUGAAGUACUUAUACCAUCCAAACACCAUACUUUUCAUAAAAGGCAUGAAAGUAAACACUUGGCAAACCGAGCUGUGCAAUAGGAAAACUAAAGGGGAUUCCUUAGAAAUAUGAUGCAUAGGUAUCCCAAACACAGCAGGAAAAGAGCAAAACAAAGAAAAACUGUUUGCGUCAUUUCUGAAAUAAGCACUUGAUUCUAACAUGGUAUCGAGCCUUUAUCGUGUAUAGACAAUGUCCGCAUGCUAUGACAGAAUGGAAGAAGAAAAUGUUGUAGUUUUCUUUUGGUUGAUUUCUAGGAAUUUAUAACGAUAAAUUAAGUAAUAGCCAGAAUAAAAGAUGGCACGCGAAUCUUAGUUCAGUGAUGCAAAGUUAAAAAUAAUUUACGCUAAACAAA